UUCAACUUUCAAUUGCUUCUGCCCAGUUUGGGUCUGAGAACUCAUUGGACACUGCAUGGAAGGCAGAGAUUUACAAGGGAGUUCCCAAAUAGUUCAAGAUGAACUAGUAAGGCUUGGGGAGCAGAUGGUCUCAACUUCCGAAGGUACAAAAGCGUUGGCCUUGGAACUAUGCCGUGAAUUUGAGGAUUAAUAUCUCCAACAUGUUACUACUUGUGAGGGAAAGGAGGGUGUGAUUAUGAAUUUCAUAAAGAGCUCCAGGUAUCAGGCGAUGAAGCGCAUAGAGCUUCUCUCCAGAGUAGUACUUGUAAAAGAGGGAAUAUAUCUCAUGGGUAUUUUCCUUUGGCUUUGAAAAGUAGAUCAUUAGGUUUUUUUUUUUUUUU